CUUUGACUGUGCCUCAUUGAAUAACCAAGCUUUGUCGGCGUAGGUAGUGUGACUCUUCCUUCCGACUCAUCCUCCUCCUCCUCCUCUUCGAAUCUUAAUCUCUCUUCUCUUUGUUCUACUACAUUAUACAUCGCCAAACGAAUCACCUUUCCGAUAUCUACGCGACAACUCCAGACACCGUUGCAUACCACUCAGUGAAGAUUGAACAGCCAUGGCCAUCGCACUGUUCGGCAACCUAGGCAUUCGCGCCGUCCUGAUCAUCAGCGCCGCCGUCAUCAUCGGUCUCUCCGUCUACGUCCGCGACAUCUUCCAGCCCUACAAGGAGUACUGCGACUUCGAGAGCGUCAGCGGCUGCGACCUCAUCAACAAGUGGACCACCGGCAGCCGCUAUGGCAUCUUCGUCGGGGUCUGGGGCCUCCUCGCUGCUUUCCUGGGCAUUGCCGCGGGGUUCGUUUCCAGCGCCAUCGCCACCUUUGUCGCUGUCGGAGUUGAUGUGCUGGCGACGAUCUUCUACCUUGCGGGUGCAGUGAAUUUCACCGUCCUCUUCAACCAGGCCGACUUUGCCUUCAUGUGGAUCGGGUUCAUCCUCAGCAUCUUCGGCGCCGUCGUCAUCUUCCUGGUGCACCGCUCGAAGUAGAGGGACUCUUCUGCUAGGUCGGGCAGAAGAGGGCACGGGCGAUGAGAGAAAAGGAGGGACGACAUGGAUGAUCGGGAGUUUGGAUGAGGUUUGUGGUGCACACAUGAAC